UGCUUGGGCGCGCAGUGUGCGUGGCUUGAGCACGGCGGCUGUUUGCAGGGGACGCUCUCCUGGCCGGGGUGCUGUUUUGGAAACGAGCUCAGCAUUCGCACUGUCUUUUGGGCCUACCAUGAGGCGCCUAGGUUCGGUGCAGCGGAAAAUGCCAUGUGUGUUUGUGACGGAGGUGAAAGAGGAGCCCUCCACCAAAAGGGAGCAUCAGGUACCGAGGUGUGCGGCCCCGUGGAGCGGCCGCGCAGGGGCUGCCGGGCGCUAUAGAGCCGCCCUGCAGCCAUUUAAAGUUUUGGCAACUGAAACUAUAAGUCACAAGGCAUUAGAUGCAGAUAUAUACAGUGCAAUUCCAACAGAAAAAGUGGAUGGAACAUGUUGUUAUAUUACUAACUAUAAAGGUCAGCCAUACCUUUGGGCUCGACUAGAUAGAAAACCUAACAAAUUAGCUGAGAAAAGAUUUAAAAAUUUUCUACAUUCAAAACAAAACUCAAAAGAAUUUUUUUGGAAUGUUGAGGAGGACUUCAAACCUGUUCCAGAGUGCUGGAUACCAGCGAAGGAAAUAGAACAAUUAAAUGGGAAUCCGAUGCCUGAUGAAAAUGGACACAUUCCUGGUUGGGUACCAGUGGAGAAAAACAACAAACAGUAUUGCUGGCAUUCCUCUGUAGUUAAUUAUGAAUUUGAAGUUGCCCUGGUACUGAAGCAUCAUCCUGAUGAUCCUGGUCUUUUGGAAAUUAGUGCAGUGCCGCUAUCAGAUCUCCUAGAACAAACACUGGAGCUUAUCGGAACAAAUAUUAAUGGAAACCCAUAUGGGUUAGGAAGCAAGAAGCAUCCAUUACAUCUUCUUAUACCACAUGGGGCAUUUCAAAUAAGAAAUCUACCAACCUUGAAGCACAAUGAUCUAUUAUCCUGGUUUGAAGGUUGCAGAGAGGGUAAAAUUGAAGGAAUAGUAUGGCAUUGCAAUGAUGGCUGUUUAAUCAAGGUUCAUCGACAUCAUCUUGGUUUAUGCUGGCCAAUUCCAGAUACUUACAUGAAUUCAAAACCCGUUAUUAUCAACAUGAACCUGAACAAGUAUGACCAUGCCUUUGAUACUAAGAGUUUGUUUAAUCUUCUUUCAAAAAUAGAUAAUCAGAAAUUUGGCAGACUCAGAGAUAUCAUACUUGAUGUAUAAACUAGAAAUGCAAUUAAAAAACAGCUUUAUUAUAUUUAAACCUUGAAUAUUCUGCCAUGUGGGGAAGGUAAAAAAUCUCAAGGUUCAGUGUCUAAUAUAGCAAUACAUCUUCUAGCAUUUCAGGAAAUGAAUUUCCCAGUUGCAAAUGUCUAUUCAAGAUUUUAUUUAGAAGCAGCAAAUGAAUUUCAACCACUAAACUUAAAAAAAUGUAAUAGUAAUCUCCCACCUUGUACAAAGGUUGGAUUCUACCAUUACUGGGUAGUAAUUUAAAAACAGCAGUUAAACAAUUCUGGAUCAUUAAUUUUGAGGAUUAAAGAAUUUAAAAAACAAUUUAAUCUUACUAGACACUUAACAAAACAUAUAGCUGUAACCUCAUAACAUGUUUAUAUACAUGUACAUAUAUAAAAUUAGUCUUAACACACAUAAGUAUGUAAGUAUAUGUAAAAGUCCAAUUUUAAAUGUUAAAAUUAUUAAAGUUCACCCUCAUACUCUUUAAAAAACUUAAAUAUUAUGAAUGUACAGAAAUUCAUCAUAGCUCAUUUGACAGACAUAAUUUAAAAA